AAGGUGUGUGUUCUACUUCAAGGGGAUGGAAGGCGGAGUUAAACACUUCAAACAAACCAUUGCCGCGACGCCGCGCUGAGCGUUUGUUUUCAUUUCGACUUCCAGUUCUUCCAAAGGUGCUGUUUGGGAAAUAAUUGAGAGGAAUUGUCAACAACUUGAGACAGCAAACAACGUUCAUUCACUUGGGAAUGAGUGUGUGAGAGUGUCGAGGUAACAGUCAUGGCGUCAAGAGGAGAAACGUGCGCUCCUCCUGAGGAUGAGAGGGGCGUCCCACUGGACAUUGAUGAUGUACACUUGCUCUUACAAGUGGAACAGGAGCAGAUUCAGAAGAGGACGUUCACAAACUGGAUCAAUGCACAGCUCUCCAAGAGGAGCCCUCCAACCACUGUUAAGGAUUUGUUCUUGGAUCUUCGAGAUGGGACUCGGCUGCUCGACCUACUGGAGGUGAUGAGCGACCAACGCAUGAAGCGUGAGCGGGGUCAUGGUGUGUUUCAGCAGAGAGGCAACAUCGAGACCGCUUUGAACUUCUUGAAGAAUAAAUCUAUCAAGCUGGUGAACAUAAACAUCCCAGACAUCAUAGAGGGGAAACCUUCCAUCAUUCUGGGCCUGAUAUGGACCAUCAUCCUGCACUGUCAUAUAGAGGAGCUAGCCAGCACUCUCUCUUACGGAUCCCGUUCAUCCUCCCUGGACUCUCUGUCCAGUCUAGAUUCUGCUCCUGGGUCUCCAGGCAGUAGUCCUGUUCCUCGAGGAGCAUCACCUCUCCAUACGCGCUUCCGCCUGUCUGCUAAGAAGGCUUUGCUCCUGUGGGUUCGGGACCAGUGCCAGAAGGUUGGUUGCUUAGCCAGCGUGAGGGACUUUAAGUCCAGCUGGAGGAGUGGUGAAGUGUUCCUGGCCAUCCUCUGCUCCCUUAGACCUGAUUUGGUGGACCUCUCCCAAGCCCAGACCAGCAGCCACCUGGAAAACCUGGAGAAAGCAUUUCACCUUGCUGAGAAGGAGCUAGGAAUUCCCAGACUGCUUGAGCCAGAAGACAUUGUUGUCAGUAACCCCGAUGAGAGGUCCAUCAUGACAUACAUUGCUCAGUUCCUGCAGUACUCCAAUGAUCUUCCCUUAGCUGAUGAUGAUUUUGAGGCUUCACCCAAUCAAAAAGCCAGAGAGAUGAAAUGCUGGCUACAGCGAGCCUAUCAGGAAUUACUGGAGGCAUGGGCCUCCACAGGGGGGAAAGGAUAUGCAGAAAGGUAUCAGGCAUUUCAGAACUUUGUUGGAACUUAUUAUGAUCAGCGACGUCCAGUUAUUCCAGUGCUUAGUGCAAUGAGACGCUGCGCUAAACCCAGUGAGGAGCAAAUGGAACUGAGAAAGGCCUGGGACACGAUGGAGGAGAAGUUACAAGAGUACAGAACAGAGCUUGAUGUUGCUUUGCCAGCCCCUCUGAACACACUGGGCCGGUGGCUCCAGCAUAUGGAGACUGUGCUAUCUGAAGACAGCGGGAGAACAGAAGAUCAUGUUCUUGCUGCCAGAGAUGCCAGAUACAAGCAAGAACAGCUGAAGGUCUUGGUUGAGGACUUAAGCCAGCACUUGAACACCCUUCAUCACUUCCGUAACACCGAUGAUAAUGGCUGUCCUCAAGUGCCAAUCGAGAAGCUAGAGGAGAUCAAGAGACGUUUCACCAGUGCCAGAGUGACAGCCAAAUACCACAGCAUCAAGCUACAAUACAGAGAGCAGAUGCACAAUGUUUUUGACCUACUGGGACAGUUGAAGUCCAAGCUGAGCUUGUGGAGAGGACCUUACGGCUCCCAGGAGUCUGUGCUCUCUCUGCUACAGGAUUGGCAUGACACUGUUGACAAGCAAGGCCUGGUGUGGAUGUUGAAGGAAGCACUUCAUAAGUUGAAGGAAACAGCAGUCAGUUAUACAAGCAAAGCAGCUUUAGCAGAUGAUUCGCCUGUGGUAAACAGGCAGGUAAAAGAGGCUGAUAGUGAGACAGGUGUCAGCACAGAAGCUGCAGAAGUCGUAAGAUCCACCAUGGAGCGUGUGCUGGCUGCUUGGGAGUCCUACAAAGACUGCCUGUAUCUAUUACAGGUCUGGCUGGGGCAGGAGGGCCAAUCACAGGCUCAGUUGAAAGAGCAGAAGCGUUUUUCUGCCAAACUGAAUGAGUGGAGUUCACGUCAAGCCCAGUUGAACGAGGCGGGAAACUUUCUCAUUGAGAUGAGUGACGCCUCCACCAGCCAUUCUCUGACUGAAGAGCUCCAGAGACUCAACAUGCAGUGGGCUGACUUCAUAAAAAGGACCAAGUUUGCAGUGGCCCCUCAGCCCAUCUGUGCAGUCCCGGGUGUUCAAGCUGCUCAGGGCCUAAUGCAGGAAGCUGGGUGGGUGCUUAGAGAGACUGUGGAUGUGUCAUCUACACCUCUACGUCUUUACAGGAAAAAACUCCAGGGCAUAACUAAGAAGAUUUCACAGUUCGAUUUGCACUCUUUAUCUCCAUCUCCAGACUGCAAAGAGGAAACUAUUCAGAAACUCAGACAAACUCUCCCAGAGAUAUUUGAAACUUUGAACCGGGUGGAUCAGGUGUGUGAGGGACUCCAGAGACCGGCCUCUCUGCUUGAGGGUAGGCUGGCUGAGCUUGAAAACUGGAGCUCAGAGGCCCAAGAGGUCUGCCAGCUCCUAAAAGAAAGGCAGCAUAGGGGCCACUGGGGGCCACAUCUCAGGACUAAAGCACUGAUUUCCAGAGGUCUACAACUGGAAGGGCAGGUAGUGACAGAAGGUGAGGACCUGCAGGUGCUUGUGACAUCAGUGCAGAAGAACUCCUCCCUGCCUUACCUCAGCACAUCAGCCCUACAAGACCGACUAAAACGGACUGUCUCUCACUGUCAGGAGGUUACUGAGAUGCUCAGUUCUCAUGGAGUGAAGCGUGAAGGACAGCCUGAAAGUGAACAGCCUGCUACCAAGGCUUUUGUCCAUGCACAUUCUCAGCCUGAAUCCCAAACUGAAACCAUUCAAGACAAUCAGGCUCAGACAUUUUCAAAAAGCAGCAAACUUUCUCUAGAGAGCCCAGUAGAGCCUCAAAACCAAGAACAUCAUUCUUCUCACCUGCAGUCACAAUUGGAAGCCACCAGUGGUGUACAUCCCCAGGUUCUUCCUCAGCUUCACGAUAAGUCUCCCAAUGACCAAAAGAAAGCUAUUUGCCAAACACAGCAAGCAGAGCUAAAACAGCCUUUGCUGUCAUCUGUUGUUGUCAGGAAGGUUCAAAUGAAACCCCAGACUGAAGUUCAUCUUAUCUCUGUAGACUCGAGCCAAACCAGUAGCUUUGGACCAUCAGACUUUCAAGUUGUCUCAGUAAAGUCAAGCCAAACCAGUGGCUUUGGACCCUCAUACCCUCUCCAAGUUAUCUCUGUAGACUCAAGCCAAACCAGUGGCUUUGGAACUUCAGGGACUCCCCAGGUUACCUCUACAGACUCAAGCCAAGCCAGUGGCUUUGGAUCCUCAGGGACUCUCCAGGAUAUCUCUACAGACUCAAGGCAAACCAGUGGCUUUGGACCCUCAGGGACUCUCCAGAUUAUCUCUACAGACUCAAGCCAAACCAGUGGCUUUGGACCCUCUGGGACUCUCCAGGUUAUCUCUGUUGACUCAAGUCAAACCAGUGGCUUUGGACCCUCAUACCCUCUCCAGGUUAUCUCUGUAGACUCAAGCCAAACCAGUGGCUUUGGACCCUCAGGGACUCUCCAGGAUAUCUCUACAGACCCAAACCAAACCAGUGGCUUUGGACCCCCAGGGACUCUCCAGAUUAUCUCUACAGACUCAAGCCAAACCAGUGGCUUUGGACCCUCUGGGACUCUCCAGGUUAUCUCUGUUGACUCAAGUCAAACCAGUGGCUUUGGACCCUCUGGGACUCUCCAGGUUAUCUCUGUUGACUCAAGUCAAACCAGUGGCUUUGGACCAACAGAGCUUCAGGUUGUCCCAUUAGACUCAAGCCAAACCAGUGGCUUUGGACCAACAGACCUUCAAGUUAUUUCUACUGACUUAGGACAAACAAGUGGCAUUGAACCAUCAGACCUUCUGCAGUCUACAUCUUCAACUAUGUUCAGCCCAAGCACUUUGCCUAAAUCGUCUACUGUGAGUCAACCAAGAACACCAAUCAAACAGCCCCUUUGUUCACCACCAAAAUGGCAACUUCAAACCUCCUUGGCAUCCCCACACCAAAGAGAAAGGGUUCUAGCCAGAAGUCACAGCUUUCCCCAGCCCCUUGAGCCAUCACAGACCCAGUCUCCAUCCUCACCUUUAUCUUGUCCAAGCACUUGUUUGGAUACACCAGUUACAGUGACUCAAAUAAGAACGCCAAUCAAACAGCACCUUCAGCAACCUCAGACCUUAAUGACAACCCUAGGCCAGGGACAAAGGGUUCUAGCCAAAAGUCACAGCUUUCCACAGCCAUCAGAGGCUCUGGGUGUUCCUCAUGUCCCAGUACAGAAUGAGGUAUAUGCCAGAGCUCAGGCUUUAGCCAGGAGCAGAUUGGAUAAAGCCAAACAGCACCUGCAUGAUCACAUACAGGAUGUCAUCACUGUAAUCAGUGCCAGAGAAAAAUCUAAAAAACAAUCCAAGAAAAAGCAGGCAGUAUCACGUCUUCUGAGGCCUGCAGUGUUGGAGAUGUUUCUAGAAGCUGUGAAGGGAAUGGGGCAUUUCUGCUCUGAUGCCCAGCUCAAAGACAUGGACCUCCUCUCUCAUUCAGUUAAGGCCCAAUGGGAGGAAUGUGCCACAGCAGCUGACCAUUCAGUGCAUCUGAAAGCCUUGAGAAGAAUGAAAGAGAGUCUGCAGCCUGCAGAAAGUGUUGUUCUCAGCACCGCCCACCUGAGGGCAGACACAAAGGGAGUGGAGAGCAUUCAGCACCACACAGACCCCACAAGUGACUUGGCACCAUGUCAAGACAGCAGGGGGGGAGCAGUCAAGGAUUGUGUCCUGUUGAGAGAAGCUGUACUGCUAGAUGAUCUAAGCCUUGCCCACUCACAGGCCGUUGUCCAGACCAACAUCGUGGAGAUAAAACAGAUACCAGAGAGAACCAUCAUCCACCCCUGUUCAGCACAGGAAGAGAGGGUUACUGAACAGGAAGCUAAGAGCAGUUACUGUGCUGCAAAGUCAGUCCUUCAGCAGCAGCUGCUAAACAACAGUCAGCAGCUGGAAACAGAGUUUCCCAUCAGCCCCGGCAGCAGCACCGGUAUCUCUGCUGACUCGCUGAGAAGUCAACUCCAGCACCUACUGGCUCUUGAGGUCCAGACGGAGGGUCUGUGGUGUGAGUUUGAGCUUCAGCAUUCCCAGAGCUCUCAGCAUAUGGAGGAUGGCUGUAACAUGGAACAGGAGAGAUCUCAGCUCAUUGAACAGUGGAAGGGACAACAGAUGUGCAUUCAGGCCAGGGUGAAGUCCCUUGAAACUGCAGUAAAGCUGCUGGAGUCAACUGACAUACAGAUCAGACUGAUUUCUGAUCAGCUCAAACAGAUCAGUCAGAAACCUCUGAAUAUCAGAAACUUUGCAGUUGCUGAUGCCAGAAAUCUACAUGAAGACCUAAAGCGUCUGGAUGAAAGUAUUGAGAAAGAGCUGUUUCUGCUUAAGAGUGAAGGUUCAGUUAGUGACUCUGCUGAUCUCAGUCACAUUGAGCUCCAAGCCCGUCUCCCCCUGCAGCAAACUGUCCACGACCGCACAAAAUGCCUGGAGCAGCAAAGACAAUGUCUGAGAAAAAGUGAAUCAGCCCUGGUGGUCCUCGAGAAGCUCCUUUUCCAACUCCAGCAGGUGAAUGACGACCUUACUGCAGCUCACAGCACAUCAGACCGCAGCUACAGCUUAGUCUCCAUCCAGCGGAGUCUUCAACAGGCCAGGGAGGAAUCGGUUCAGCUAGACCAAAUACUAGAUGAUGCCGGUAUGGGAGUAACUUUGGAUGAUAAACCAGGCAGCUGUCAUGAGAUGGUGUCAGCUCUGGCUCUGCAUGCAGAAGAGGUCGAAACUAAACUGGCUAUAGGGCCGAGGCGGUCUGACAGAGGUGGGAAAGGAAGAGAAAAGGGAGAGCAGAGAGUGUUUGGUAGGAAGAGGAUGGGCCUGCAGGUCGCUCUGAGGGAGGUGCUGACGGCACUGGAAAGACACGGGCUGAAGGAGCCCACACUUCCUGCACUACAGCACAGGUUACGCUUCCUGACAGACAUGGAGAGUAAACUGGUUGCACUACGCUUAGAGAUUCAGGAUCUGAGAGAUACAUGUGCACAGACAGGCACCUCAGACACGAGCCUCAGUGAGCUGCAGACGGAAUGGGAAAACGCACACAGAGCAGUCACAGAAAGUCUUGAGCAAUGUGUAUCUCUGAUUGAACUACUUAAGAAGUUCCAGAGCUGCCGAAAUCGUUUGGGAAGCACUUUGCAGAGAGCAGAGCAGACUAUCGCUGAUCAGGCCUACUACAUGGGCAAAGACAACCUACAGCUCCUGAUCAGCAAGGUGACUGGUAUAAAGUCAGAUCUCAGUGGUCUUGGGGAUGGGGUGGAGGAGUUCAGAGCUAUGUGCAGACAGCUCCAGUCUCUGAUGAGAAGGAUCCCUGACUGUAUAGACGCCCCAUUUGAGAGUGAGGCUGACACCCUCAUGGACCGCUGGCUUGAUGUCACUGAGAAGACAGACUGUCAUCUCGACAACCUUCAAGCUGGGCUUUCUCUUUGGGAAAAACUCCUUCUAUUGGCUGGAGAGGUAGAGGACUGGAGCACCCAAAAGCUGAUGACACUUGCUCAGUCACACCCCUUUCAUACGGAACUUGACGUGUCUGCCAUGCAGGAUGAGCUGAGGGUUCAAGAGGAGAACAUUGAACAUUUCCAUCGCAGAUCUUCAGAGAUCCAGGAGCUGCUGCAGAGUCAUGAGUUCCCACUAGAGCUGCAGGUGGUUGAGAGCCAGCUGAGGAAAAAGAUGGCAGAGGUUAUGGAGCUCUUUUCUGAGACCAGUGAUGUUUUUAGACAGCUGGAAGCUGCCAAAAGCCAGGUGGCAUCUGAGAUCGCAGAUCAUCUAUCCUCCAUCCAGACCAUCACAAAUACUCUGAGCACAUUGACCACUGCUGAAAGCCCACAAGUCCUCAACAUCAUCCAGGGCUUGUUGGAGCAGCUUCAAACAGAGGCAGAGCAGUCAGAUGCGUUACUACAGAAGAUAGACCUUCUGGCCAGCAUUGCAGGUCUAGAAAACCUGCAGGCGCUGGCUAAAGAUGGAGCUCACCUUCAAGAAAGCAUCUGUACAGCCAGAGAGCUGGUCAUAGAGAAGAGAGAGCAAGCAAUGAACCCCAACAUGCCUGAAAAUCAGAUGGUCCAAGACCAUAAGCACAUUAAACCCGAGAUUAAAAAAACUGAAUUUACAGUGCUUGAGUUACAGUCAAAAUCCAAAGGUAAAACAGAGGAACUGUCACACGGACAGAAGACAGUUGACACUCUUCUUGACGUGAAGGACAUCAAAGAGCAGGCCUGCAGCUGGGCCGGUGAACUGCAUCUCAAGGGGGAUUUUCAGGUUUCUGAGGAUGGGAACAGACUGGUCACACUUGAGGAGAGACUCACAGCUGUACAGGCCGUAGAACAAGUGGAAAGAAACCUUCUGGAGGUUGAGAAACUGUCUGAAGUCCUACAGACAAGCUGUACUCCAGAGGUUCAGUCUGCUCUCUCCCAGGACCUUCAGCCUCUGUUUGGAAAGGCAUUAGACCGGAAGAAGAUCUUGGAGGAUGAGAGGACUCGGGAAGGGGACUCUGAUCCAGUUCAGAGCUUUAUACAAUGCAGUGAACCUCAGCAGCCUGAAGUAUCCACAGAGGAACAGUCAGUUCAGGUUGCCACUGGCAGUGUCGUGGAUGACUUGUAUCGUAAAAAUGUAAAGAUCAUGUCCACAAAGGAAGUCAGUGGAACAGAAGAUACAUCAUGUUUAUCCUUCUCAAUACAACAAGCAACCGCAGAUGUUGAGAACAUCCCACCACGCCAUGACACAGAUGAUCAGCAGUCUGGAUCUGGAUCUGAAGAGAGGGGUGAAACUGGAUCUGUAAUAAGAGAAGAUGCCAACGAAUCCUCUCAAGACUCAUCUUGUGGAAGCCCAAAGCCAGUCUUUGUUAUAGUGUUGGACUCUGAUCUUACCGAACCCAGCCAGAGCCCAUUGGCACGAGCUAUCCCAGCUUCUACAACUACUGUUUCAGUAGUUCAUGAUAGGACCACAGAGAGAUCAGAGGAUGGUUUGAAACUCUUGGAAGCCAAACCAAAUAUUGAUGCAGCUGUAGAUGAAAAACAUGCUGUAAUAUGCUCUUCUGAUGAGCCUGUUCAUUUAUGUGCUGACCUUUCCACAUCAGAAGUGCAGUUUAAUGAAAACAACCACACUGAUAAUGUUGAACCCACUCAUUCUCCUUCAGACCCUGAUUUCAGGCCUAAUCCUGAGAAGGACUCAUCUACUCAAGCAUUUGUCCCAAUGGUUUCAUACCCAGAGAACCAUCAUGCAAGCUCUGGAAAUGCAAAGAAAAUAUUUACCAUCAUCCUCGAUGUUGAUUCUCCUACAUUAUCAUCAGACAGGUGUCACUUAUUGUUGCAUGAUAAUGUAUCUGGUCCUGAAGACUCAUCCACAGAUGAAUUCUCCCAGUCAGAUGUAAAACAUCAACAAAGGAGCUCUUCUGGCACUGAGAAACCUGUAGGCCAAGAGGCUAAAGAAGGCCUUUCAGAGAAGGACAAUGUGAAAUCAAGUAGUUCUGAAACACAGAAGGAAGCUAUCCAGACCAAAACCCAUGAGAUCAUGGAGAUUGACAUUCGAAAAGGUGAAAAUGAGAAGCAACAUGAAAUCAUAAAAGCAGAAACAUCAAGCCAAAUGGAUGUCCACACUGGAAAAGACAAUGAUUUGGGCUCUAUAGUUCAUCAGAAGGAGGUGACGAUGUUGGAGAGUCAUGAUGAGGGUGAGAAAAAGACAUUUGCAGAGCCCUCAAAUGAAGCGAACAUACUUCAAAAGCCUUCAAAUGUUGCUAAAGGUAAGAAGAAGAACAAGAGAUCAGCUGGUGUGAAACAAGGAAGCAAUAUCAAUACUAGAAUAAUGAAGACAUCUAGAUCUGAACAGAAGAACACAACUGAUUCAGAAAACCUUCAAACUUCUGAGGUCAGGCUGCUGGACAUCACGCAUACUUCACUGACUGUGUCUUCAGACUGUAGUCAGCCAAACAGUGCAAAGCCAUUGAAUACAGAAGAUAAACUAACCAAAGUUAUGGACAUUGUGCAGGAAGAGACCUUGAAUCGUCUGCAAACUGAGACAAAGGAUGAAAAAUUUGAGACUGUUAGCGUCUCACUUGCCGGAGAAGCCAAAGAUAGUGUGGUCUUAGCAGCAAUGGAGACUGUACAGUCAGAACAUACAGAGGACUCAGAAACAGUGCUAACAGAUGCUUCACCCGUUAUGAAAGCUGAAUGUAUAUCACAAAUUUCUGCUACAGUGCCAUCAAAGUCACAGCUCCACCAUGCUGAAGCUCAGAGGAUGGAUGAUUCAGAUGGCAGCUUCCCUUUGCAGUAUGAAGAAAUGCACAGAGCCAAUUCAGACCCAUCUACCAGGAACAAAUCAUCUGAAAACAGAGGAUCAGUAGCAGCCGGCGAGGAUGAAACGAGCCAUUCGGAGAAUCCUACAGGGACACAUGUGUGGGCCACUUUACUGAACACCAUCACUAAUAUUCAGCCACCUCUGGUGACCAGUCAAAGUUCUGAGGAAACUAGGUCAUGGAAGGAUUCCUUGUUUCGGAACUCAAUACUCUCAGAGUCUGAAAGCAGUUUGGCAUGGACUGUCCUGCAGGUUUUCAGAUGCCGGUACCGACCAACCCAACUCAACAUUGCGCAUAUGACUCUUCAGCUGGAAGAAGCUGAGAUCUGCAGGCAGUGUGUCCUGGAUCAAGUGGCCAGACUGCCUCGAAAUAAAUCUGGUGCAGGAUGCUUUACAGAGCCUGAGCAGAGCAUAGAGGGGAGAUGGAACGCAGUACUGCUGGAUACCUCAGCCAUGGCAGAGUUUAAAAAGGCACAGCUACAGCAGGUCACACAGUAUCACAAACAAAAACGUGCUCUCAAGGAUACUCUAAACAACCUGGAGGUUGAGCUCAGCACACUGACAGUAGAUUGCAUUGAAAGUAGCACCCUGCAAGCAGAGAAGCUGAGUGAAUUCCUAAAGAGCAUGCAGAAGAAGAGUGGCAUACUUGAAGAGCUCUUACAGUCAUGCUCUCAGAUCUCAGCCCAUCUGGGUGAGGCAGAGGGACCUGUGGCCUGCAUUGAACCUGUGAGGACUUUACAGGAAAGAUGGCACACUUUGGAGUGGGCUGCUUCCAGGAGUCUGUGGCGUGCUAAUAUCUGCGCAGCAGAAGUUUCAGGACUCCUGCAAGAGGCCAGAGAGCUACAACGUGAACUGGAUCUUCUGGAGAAGUCAGUUUCUACUCCGCACAUCUCUCAAAGUCAGAUAGACUGGCAGAGUGCGCUACUUGAGAUUGUCAGAACUGCAGACCUGGCAGUGUUAAAUGAACGCUAUUUGUACCUUCUUGAGGUCUCUCAGGCUCUUUCCUCAAGUCCACUGGGAAAGAAAGAGCUUAGAGAUGUGGAGGAUGCAUUGCAGGGUCUGAAUUCUCAGCUUGCUCUGACUCAGGAGAAGCUCAGCUCCCAGACUUCGAAUGGCACUGAUUAUUCACCGAUCAUUAGGAUUAUCAGGGACUAUGUUACAUGGGCUAAACAAAUGGAAAGCAAAGUCAGUAGGAGAAGGAGGCUAUCCCUGUACCCUGAAGAGGCAAGUCACGAGGUCAACCACUUGAAAAAACUGCAGUCCGAAACAUCUCUUAAGAAGUUUCAGUUGGCCUCUGUUUUGAAAGAGCUUAGAGAGGAAGUUACGGGGCUCGAGGAGAAGGAUUCCAAAGACAUGUUGCCCAUCCUCGAUUUCGUAGAGGAUUUGUAUGUUAAAAUUUCUGAAAAAACCAAAUGUGCUGUUGUAGAAAUUAACAGAAUGUUUCAUAUUAGAGAAAGACUGUGGAAGCAGAUCACUGACAGCAGCUCUUGGUUGACCUCAAUAUUGGAAAAAGAGUCUGGUAAAUCGGUGGCCUCUGAACCUAAAAUUACUAUCCCAGAAUUGAGGGUUCAGCUUCAGGUAUGCACUGAGGCUUUGAAAGAUGCUGAGAGACAAGCAAAAAACUUGGAGAUUCUGUUAGAUGAAACCAAGACUAUGAAUAACUUUUUGACUGUACCCGAAAGCUUUCAGCUUAUCAACAGGCUUACAUCCUUACAAGAAGAAGUCUCUAGAGUUGUGAACCGUAAGUGGGCCUCAUGCUGGGUGCUUGAAGAGCUCCUUCAUUCUCAGGAAUCUUCUGCUGAAGAACAGAACUUCAUUCAGAAGAGCUUGAGACAGUUGAGUGCUGAUGUCAUGAGGCAGAAGUAUCCUGUAACAAGGGACUCGCUCUCGGCUCUUGAAUCCGUUAAGCACAUGCUGAUUGAGCUCCUGUGCAAAGUGCAGGAAAUUCCACACUUCCCAGAACCUCAGAGGAAAGAGAUGCUCCAUGCUGUACUAGACCUACAGAGAAGAAUACAUCUGCUGGAGCAGCAAGCCAAAGAGCAUGAGGAGUACCUCACUCUAAGGCAGCACAUGGAGAACUCCAAAGAGGCAGUAAAGAAGAACUUGUCACAUAUUGUAGACUCGUGUGCAGGAACUGACAUAAAGCUCGGUGUCUGUCAGGCUGUCCUAGUGGAGCUGCCUCUGGUGAGAAUGACAUGUCAAGAGGCCGCUGACCACCUGGAGGCCAUUUCGAAACAUCUCUAUCCAUCCCAGCUGACAGCAGAAAGGCAAAAGAUUCGUUUGGUCAUUGAGCAGCUAGCUUCUUGGGAGCUCUCGGUCAAAAACGAGGCUAAAAACCUUGAAUGCUCUCUGGCGGAGAAAUUCGUUAGUCCCACAGACCUCAGUCCACUCAUGAAGCUCUUCAACAGUGUCAGGCAGCAGCUAAAGGAGACCAUAUGCUUGGAACCAGAUAAUAAGGCUAUUGAUGCAGAUCUGCGAAAGCACUCUACACUUGUCCAGAACGUUGAGUCUGCGAUUCGAAUGUUGGAUGUCUGCAGGAAAGGUGAAGUGGCUGAAAGCUACCAGAUGACAGUUGAUCUUGGCCAGAGAACUCUUAAUGAUUGCAGUGUACAUAUGGACAAGCUGCUCAAAGCUCGGGAGGCACUGAAGCGUUACUGCUGGGCUGUUCAGGGUGCAGAGAGCUUCUUUCAUCAUAUAGAGUCCAAUCUCAUGAUUUCAUCUACUGGUUUCCAAGGCUACAAAGAGGAGCAUCGCUACAUCCAACAGAUUUUUAGCACUCUGGUUGAGGGUUUCCAGGCCCGCUUGUCUGAAGUUGGUGUUUGCGUACCCCAGCAGAAAUGCCUCUCCAUCCCUCUAACUGAGCAGCUUCAUAUCGAGGUUUUGAGUCACCUUCUGGUACAAGAUGCCAAAUUAGAAGCUCAGGCUCAACUCAGACUCGAGGCAUUACAGAGAUGCAUGAGAAACCAAAUUGUGCACAUGAGUCACCAUGAAGAAAUGAGCCAACUUCUCAAAAAUGUUGAUUCUCAAAUCUUAAAAUGCUCAAGUAAAAAACCGACUGAUUCUGAAGCCUGCCAAGAACAACAGCUGAAAGUAAAGGUGCUUCAGACAGAGCUGAAGAACCUCGCUAAUAGACUGGAGGAAUUGAGGGAAAGCUGCACGGGUCGUCGAUGCAGUGCUCCUGUAGAUUUAAUGCUGGGACAUCUGUGGAGAUCUUGGGCAGUGCUGCAGUGCAGAGUGGAAUCACUCAAAGCCAGCACGUCUCAUAAAGAAGCAGAGUGGAGAGACUUUGUGAUACGUCUCAAUAAAUCAAAGGAAGGUCUUGGCAGACUGCAGAAUGAUCUUCCUGACUCGUCUGUGAUGACGGGAUCCCUGGUGGAUCUUCAGGGUGUUCUGAGCCUCACUGAGCGCCUUCAAGAUAGGAUUGAGCAGGAGCAUCAUACACUUGCCUCUCUACAACACCAUGUGGCGCGAUUGCUUGGGGUCUCAAAUUUGCAGCAGCUCAAAGCAUCUCCUCAAAUCUGUCAGGACUUGCAGUCUUUACAGGGUCAGUGCAGAAGUCUCAGAGAUCAGAGCAAUAACAUCCGUCGGGAGGUGCUUUCUGAGAUCCAGGAGUUGGGUCGUGUGCAGGAGGAGAUGAGUGCCAUUCAGCAGAAUGUUCUGUCUCUUUUGACGGUUUUACAGUCUGAGUCAGCUGCUGAACAACUACAGGAAGUCAAAGUGGAUUUGGUGUCACUAAAGGCUCGACUGCAGGACGUCAUGGACAGAGUGCAGAAGAGAUGGAGCUGUGUACCGUCAGAGAUUCAAAUCUUACAGAAUGAUCUCAACAUCUCCCUUCAGGAGGCUAAGGACAAAUUGGGCAUGGUCAUGGAGAGAAGUGGUCCUCUCCAUAAAAUGGGUGAGCAGGUUGGAGAAGUGACGGUGGGCUUGAAUUGUGUGCAGGCCCUGCUAAAGCAAACAAGUCCUAAUUUUUCUGAGGCUGAACAUACACAAAAGCGUAUAUGGGAUGAGCUGGACCAGUGGCACACUCGGAUAGCUGAGCUGGAGGCUGAGGUGCAGGAUCUAGCUGAGCAACAGCCUGAAAGAGCACACGUCCUCAUGGACCAGCUCACAGAGCCACUGCAGCUCUACCAGAUCACAGCCAAACAGGCCGAGCAGAGGACCGCCCUCAUCAGCAAAAUCCCUGCCUGUCUGCAGGAGUAUGAGGGUUUACUCAGUAGCUCCAACUGCUGGUUGAAAGAGGCUCAGUCCUGGCUGGUCGCCCCAAGAACCUACACCACUGCGAAAUGCAUCCACUGCCACGCCAACUCCCUCAAGAUGAUGCUGGAUGAAUCAGAGGGAUACAAGGCAGCUCUGGAGGCCUUCCUGCCUGCCCUGCAGGAGAUCACUCUGGUGUGUGACACUACCUCUCAACAACAACAGCUCCACCUGGGUGUACAAAAUAUCACAAUUAUACAGCAAAGCGUUCUGGACCCUCUCUCCCACCUUCAGCACCUCGCGGCUGAGAUGGAUGCCAUUGAAAUGGAGGUGAAGACAAUGGAGAAAAAUAUAACCAAGAUCAGAACUAUCCUUUCCACCACUGACACAGAGAACAUUUCUCCUGAGGAACAUCUUGAGGACAUACAGGUCAUUCUGGAUAAUGUCCAGUCCAUGAAGAGGACCAUUGAUGAGAUUGAGAGCUGCAGGCCAGGCCUGGGGCUUCCUGCUGAGGCUGAGCAAACUCUCACAGCCUUCCAUCGGGCUCAAGCGCUCCUGCAGCCCAUUCAGGAACUACAGCAACUCAGUGUGGAGCGAAGCGCAAAGUUAAGGGCCUCUAUUGGACAACCAUCUGAAAUGAUUCUCCCUUCAGACCAAACCACAGAAUUCACAAUGCCACACUUUUACUCUGGAGAUGUGAUGCAGGUGUCCAUGGAAGGCCGUUACACAGAGGAGGAAGAUGAAGACAGUCAGUCUUCAUCCUCAGGAACUCUCACAUGCAGUGUUCCAGAGGAUCCAGAUGAGACCACAUUGGAGGAGGAAAAUAUUAAGACAGAUGCUGCCUCUACUGUAACUGAGUGUGUUGUUAAGGAAUCAUCUCCUGAAGAAGAAACUGAUUUUGCUGCAGUCAAGCAUGCAUUACAGGAGACUGACACUGAAAGUUGUUUACUAGAGCCUCCUGGAUUCUUGGAAAUGCCUGACAUAGACAGCAGACCAGUUACUGAAGAGACAAGUUGUCUACCUGCACAAACAUCCCAAAACUUUGAAGAAUUUGCAAAUGAUAGUUGUGUGAAGCCUGACAGUGUAAAUAGAACUGAGGAAAUGCAAAAUGAGUGCCUAGAAACCAAGGUGACUGAAGCAGUAUCAGUUAAGCCAGGAACAAACACAGAAAUCACCAUGUUAAAAGCAAGUGAUGCCAGUGAAUCGAUCAAACAGUCUGAUUCUGUGGAUCUGAACAAAGUAUCUAUAAACACAGAAAUUAUUCUAAGCGAUCAAGUGAAAAUGUCAGUUCAUAAGGAAGGUUUGACUCCAAAGCCACCUGACACAGAGGCAGCAAAUGUGACUGAUGGUGACCAGACCCAGGCAGAGACAAAACCAAUGGUUGCCUCAGGUGCCACAGCUCCUCUUGUGCUCUCCUCCCAGCACAAAGAAAGUGUGCCACAGGAAGAUGCAAUGCUGGAAAUACAGAGAGAUCUGAUUGAUGCCAUUGUUCGCCAGAGCAGCAGCCAGUCUCAGGAACACUCAUUUCAGCACACAGAAACUCUCAGUGAUCUGUCACAGUCUGAAGAAGGAGGUGAAUAUCAAGAGUGUCUGGUCCAGCUUCUCACCUCAUUGAAAGAAACAUCUGAGAAAAUGGGGUCAUGUCAGGAUAUCAGUGGUUCUUCAGAGACUAGUCAGCAUCUGUUAGAGAUUUCUGUGUCUGCGAUGAAUGCCAGUGAAAUACAGAUGAGAGACACAACCAAACUUCUCAAGGAUUUUUCAGGCAUCAAUCUGCAGGGCAGCACAUGGACUUUGCCACUUGACCGGUUGAGAUCAGCGAGACAGAAUUAUGUUGAGCUCCAGAGAUGUUCUGAAGCUCAUCUGAAGGGUCUGCGGGGUCUCCUGGAGCUGGGCUCUGAGCGGCUGCUGCGCAGUCAAGAUGCACAGCCACACAACUGCAGCCAGCUGCACAGUCAGCUCAAAGGACACAAGAAAUACUUCGAAGAUUUGGGACAGAACCUUGUAAUGGUGAAGCUGCUAUACCAGAAGUUGCCAGAGGGGGCACUGCCGGGCCAAGCAGAGGUGGAGCAGUUAAUAUCAGAUCUACAGGAUCAAGCACAAAGUCAUGGGAUCCAAAUGCAGCACAGCUUACAGGAGUGGUCUUGGUACGAGGAGGUCACUGAGAGACUCUGCAAGCAGUUGGAUGAGAUGGAGACAGACGUGUCCAGUCUGGAUUUAGAGCCGGAAGGAGACCUGCAGGGUCAGCUGGAGUCCUAUGAGAGGUUGCACAAAGUCCUAGAAGACACAAGAUCUGAGAUAUGGGAGAUCCAAGACCGACUCCUGGCCUUACAGAAAAAGGGUUGCUGCUUUGAGCGGCCAGGCCAGACCUUCCCAAAAUCACGACUGUUAAUACGCUGGAAAGAGCUUCGUAAUCAGCUACAGCAGAAGAUACAAUCCACACAGAAGAUCAGAACGAAUUAUGAAAGGUUUCAGCAUGACUUAACAGAACUAGAGGAGUGGAUGAGUUGUGCUCAUGAACGGGUUCAGAAGUGGAAGAGUUUCUCUGAUUCUGCUCCACUGGACUCCAGAGUUGUCUGUACCCAGCUCAUGGAGUUCUUCAGGGAUCUGGUGGUCCGUUCAGCUCAGAAAGCUUCAGCAGAAAGCGCAGGCAUGCAGAUACUGCAGCUGACUGAGAGUGAAUCUCCAGGUCUGCGCAGACGACUGGCUCAACUUGAGAAGGAAUGGACAAACCUGACUAGCAUGCUACCCACCCUCCACCAGACACAGCAACAAAUGUUGACAAGCCAGUCUCACAGUCAAGUUUUGGCCGAUUUGACCUCCUGGCUGGAACAUGUAGAGAGACGACUGGAGGAUGAAAGCUCAGGGGUCCAAUGUGCUCUGGGCUCCUCUGAGCUGUCUAGGCAUCUACAGGCUUUGAAGGAUGUUAAGGCUGAAAUAACCAGUCACCAGUCGUGCGUCGACUUUCUGAACCACAAGUCUGUGGAGGGGGCGGGAUUAGUGAACGAACCCACCAAUCGCAGUGAGCGCAUCCUGUUUGCUGAGCAACUGGGUGCUCUCAAUCUUAGUUGGCUUGUUCUACAAGCCAAGAUUGACAGCGAGAUACACAAUGUUGAGGACCAGUGGCAGGCCUGCACAGAUAGAGAAAAGCGAUUGCACUGUAUGCACAGCUGGAUCUCUCAACGUAUGGAAUGGCUGAGAAACAGCUGGAGACCAGAGAGCUGCUCGCAGAUUGAGCAAACAUUACAGGAGUGUGAGGACACAGAGGAAAGGCUGCAGGUGAAGUCCUCUGAGCUGAAGGGUUUGAGAGCUCUUCACCUGUUCGGGCUGCAGGAUGGUGAACAUCCCGGAGAUCAAGCAUUCUCCAAGCAGGUGCAUUUAGCCAUCCAGGACUGCCAAGCUUUGAGUCAACAAAUAAAUGCUCUCAGGUUAGAUUUGCAGCCAUUCAAGGAUAAGUGGGCUCACUUUGAUUCUAACAUGAGUGCAGCAAAACUGCAAACAACCAAUGUGGCCUGCAGACUGGAGCUCUGCAGAGUUCCUGUGUUCUCAUCUGAGCAGAGCCGAACUCAUGUGGAACAUCUGCAAGAGCUUGAAAGGGAGCUGGACCAAUCAGAGACCUGGACCCAAUUAACUCAGGUGUUCUCUGACUUAAGAGACAAACUCAAGCCUUGCACAUCUAAACUGCUGUCCGAUCAUCUUGAGAAGGAGAGAUCUCGACAUCUAGCAGUGACUGAGGAUCUUCAUGCAGAUUUACUAAAGGCCCAGAAUGCCUUGCGGCUCUGGCAGGAAUACGAGCGUCUCACGGGAGAGUGCUGUGUUCUUCUAAAUCAGCACUGGGAGAGGCUUGGAGAGGUUAUGAGUUCUUCAGACAGAGAAGAAAACACUGUAGAGCUGCUCAACAGCAGGAUGCAGAGCAUCAGUACUCUGGAGAAAGACAUGUCGCCCUUGCAAAGCAGUGUCGGAAAAGUCCUGGAGGCCUCAAAGCUUCUCAUUGGGCAGAUAAAACCUCAGUCAGCCUCGCUAAUCAAAUCAGAAACCAGGUUGCUAUCACGUGACCAUGUGCAUCUUGGCAAGGCGCUUUCUGAGAUUGCGGCACAAGUUCAGGAGGAGCUAGAGGAGCAUUGCCAUUUCAGCACAGAGUUGAAAUCAAUGGAGCAACAACUUAAAAACUUUGAAAGUAUUUUGAGCUCCUCCACUACAAGCAUGGAAAGACUAAAGAUGGUUAUGUUGGAUCUGAGUGGGCUGAACCCUAACCUUGCUGCUCUGAAUCAAAAGAAACUCCUCUUAAGCUCUACAGAGGAAGAGAGGUUGCAGACCCUCAACACUGAGUGGGUUCAGGUCUUUUCUCAGGCUACAGACAGACACAGAAAGAUGUAUGGAGACCUGCUACGUGCUCAGAACUUCCAACAGAAGUGCCAAUGCUGGAUGGAGCUCCUGGACCAAAUCGAAGCUGGUUUAUCUAAUCAGAUGUCUGGAAACUAUGCUACUGUAAGAGAGCAGCUAGCUGCGCAUCAGAGGCUGAAAGUGGAGGUCCUCAUCAGCCAGCAGCUACAGGAUGCCAUGAUCAUUGAGGCAUUAAGCUUCCUGGAGAGUGGUCAGAAUGAGGACAGGAGUCGUCUGAUCUUGAGGCUCACCCAACUAAAGGCACAGUGGCAGGGGACACAGCAGAGGGUCCAGCAGCACGGGAAACGUCUGGAGGGGCUGAUGGGACAUUGGCAGCUCUAUGAGGCAGGCUCGAGAAAACUUUCGAGGUUACUCAGACACAUCGAAGAACUUCUACCUCCGGCAGGACUGGCGCUGUGCAGCUUACAGCAGCUCCAGUGCUCUAUAAAGGACUUUGAGUGGACUCAGGAACAACUACAGCUUCAUGAAGAACUGUACAGCCAGACUGUGGAGGCAGGCAGACAGAUCCUUCCCUUAACAGAUGCACAUACGCAGACAUGCCUGCAGUCUGAACUGGAUGCCUUCAUGGAGACGUGGGAGCGAAGCUGUGGCCUUGUGGAGAAAAGAAAGGCUCUUACAGACACCAUAACUCAUAACUGGAAGCUCUGUGAAAUAGGACUGGCUGAUUGUGCUCUCAAACUGGAAGAGAUAAAAGCAAGAUUAAAGAUUCCACUGCCAGAGAAGAUAGGAGAUCUAAAGACACAUGAGCAGCUCACUAAGGAGGACGAGGGCUUGCUGCAGAUUUGGGCUGGAGGACUGAAAGAGCUGAGCACCAUGAAGGCAGACGUGUCCCAGUACGUGCUGCCCACAGACACUGCGCUUCUCCAGGGACAGGUGGAAGAACUUCACAGCCAAUGGGAAGAACUGUGCUUGAAGGUGUCACUACGCAAACAGGAAAUAGCUGAUCGCCUGAACGCCUGGAUCAUCUUCAAUGAUAAAAACAAAGAGCUCUGUGAUUGGCUGACACAGAUGGAGAAAAAAGUGGCACACAGGGGUGAAAACCUUAGCAUUGAGGAAAUGGUGGAGAAACUUAAAAAGGACUGCAUGGAGGAGAUUAACCUCUUCAGCGAGAACAAGAGCCACCUCAAGCAGCUGGGCGAGCAGCUCCUAUUGGCCAGCGACAAGGCUAAGGAGGCAGAGAUCCACGGGGCCUUGCGCGAUGUCAACGACCGCUGGCAGCACCUGUUCGACCACAUCGAAGCCAGGGUGAAAAAGCUGACAGAAACCCUGGUGACAGUACAGCAGUUGGAUAAGAACAUGAAUAACCUUCGCUCUUGGCUCACUCGCAUUGAGGCUGAGCUAGCCAAACCCAUUCACUACAGUAUCUGCCACAGAGAUGAGAUCCAGAAGAGACUGGCAGAGCAACAGGACCUGCAGCGUGACAUUGAGCAGCACACUGAGAGGGUAGCGUCUGUGCUCACUCUAUGUGACGUGCUUCUACGCGAUGAGGAUGCCUGCAGCAGCAACGGAGAGAAUGACUCCAUCCAGCACACCACGCAGCGCUUGGAUCAGCGCUGGAGAAAUAUAUGCUCCAUGUCUCUUGAAAGGAGGCUGAGGAUUGAGGAGACAUGGAGACUUUGGUGUAAAUUUCAGGAGGAUUAUUCUUCGUUUGAGGACUGGCUGAAUGUAGCUGAGCGCUCCGCUGCUGAACCCAAUUCCUCAGACGUCCUGUACACUGACGCCAAAGAGGAACUCCAGAAAUAUGAGGGUUUCCAAAGGCAGGUACAUGAGAGUCUUACCCAGCUAGAGAUCAUUAAUAACCAGUACAGGCGACUGGCACGGGAGAACCGCACCGAUGCAGCCAGCAGUCUCAGGGCCAUGGUGCAUCAUGGGAACCAGCGCUGGGACGCACUCCAGAGGAGAGUGGCUGCAAUACUGCGGAGACUCAGGCAUUUCACAAGCCAGAGAGAGGAGUUUGAGGGAACCCGCGAGAGCCUCCUUGUCUGGCUGACUGAGAUUGACCUCCAGCUUACCAACAUGGAACACUUCUCAGAGACCCAUCUUCAAGACAAAAUGAAACAGCUGAAGAGUUUUAAGAAGGAGAUCACUCUGAACACCAAUAAGAUUGAUGCUCUGAUCGUGUUUGGGGAGGGUCUGAUUCAGAGGAGCCUUCCGCUAGAUGCCGUUGUGAUAGAAGAUGAGUUAGAAGAACUGCACACGUACUGUCAAGAGGUGUUUGGCAGAGUGGCACGAUUCCACCAGCGCCUCACCAGCCUCCGCCUGGAACAGCCGGAUGUCUUUGAUGGUGAGCGGUCCAGAGAGACGCAGAGCACCCCUGCCUCCAGCCAGCCCUCCAUGUGCCUGUUAUCACCGCCUCAGGAGCGCUCGGGCCGUGAAACCCCCAUCAGCGUGGAUUCCAUCCCUCUAGAGUGGGACCAUACUGGGGACGUUGGCGGCUCUUCUUCGCAUGAUGAGGAAGAGGACGCUGCAUUCUUUUCUGCUUUGUCAGGACAGAAUUGGCACUUUCAAAACACGCCUGAAAGAAAAUCCUUCCAGCUGGACGACUCCUCACCUACACAUGCAAGCACUCCUUUUAAACAAGGCUACGUUCAGCUGAUGUCUGAGUGCAGCGGCAGCAUUGAGAGUGUGAAGAGAGUUUCUAUGAUCCUGGAUGAAGAACAGCAGGAGGAACAAGGCCUUACUGGCCUCGGCACUGCAGACAAACAGUCAGGAGUGAUCGAGCGCUGGGAGCUGCUGCAGGCUCAAGCAGUGAGUAAGGAACAGUGCUGCACCAAAGACCCCCAGCAGCUGACCUCUGACCUGCACGACAUCACAUCCUGGCUGGAUCGUGUCACCCCUGAGCUGGAUAGACUACAGAAACCCGAGACAUCAGCCAGUGUCAAGGUCUUAGAAGAGAGGGUCAAACAGCUUAAAGAAAUGCAGAAGACAUUUGCUUGUUAUAAGACCAUGAUGCUGUCUCUGAACCUGGGUGGGCAAGAGCUGCAGCAGGGGGCCACUGGACAUGAGCUUCAGGAGGGUCUGCGCAGCAUGAAUCGCCGCUGGACAGAGGCUUGUGCAGGCCUAGAGGGAUGGGAGGGCAAUCUACGCAAUACACUAGAACGCUGUCAGGAGUUCCAUGAGAUGGUCCACUCUCUACUGCUGUGGCUGGCCCAUGCAGAGAGCAGACGCUACACAGUGAACAUCACGACCCAUUCUGUGCAGCCCUCCAUUCUUCAGGAACACAGGAAAACACUGAAGGAUCUGGCAGAGGAGCUGCAGGGCAGGCAGAAGCAAGUGAGCUCCCUGCAGGAGAUCGUCUCUGAGCUGCUUCCCGAGGCUGCUGGGGAGGACAGUGCUGAAGCUAGGGAAAAACUCCACGUCAUUGGAAGCAAACUACGACUGCUGUCACGUCAAGUCGAGCAGGACCUCCAGAUGAUUCAGGAGAGAUUGGAGUCCACAACUGAUGCUGCAGGAGACGGGAAAUCCUCCGAAUGCUCUCGGUCAAAGCGUGACCCAUCCCCUCAGCGUUCGUUCUUCUAUCGGGUCCUGCGCGCGGCUUUCCCUCUGCAUCUCCUGUUCCUCCUGCUGCUGGUUGUGGCCUGCUUGGUCCCUCUUUCUGAAGACGACUACAGCUGCACCCUUUCCAACAAUUUUGCCCGUUCUUUCCACCCCAUGUUACGCUACACCAACGGUCCUCCUCCCACAUGAGCCCCUCGUCAACUGUUCUCACGAUCGAUCCACGGAGCCGUUCUCAUGACUCAGAUGUGCGGCGAAGCACCACACUUUUGUCCAAGCAAUAUUUUUAAUGGUUGUAUUUAUAUAAUUGGUUUUAUGCUAUUUAUUCCCCUUUGAGAGCCAUACUACUGAUAUUUUGUUGUUAAUGUUACGAGAAUGUGAUCUAAAAAAAAAUGUCCCUUUUCUUGUCACAAUGCUGUAAAGUCAAUCAUUGUAUGAGCUUGAAUGUAAAUCACUGAUUUUUUUUUUUUUUUCCAAAUGUUUCUAGAUUUAAGCACAUCAUGCACUGAUUAUAAGAGUUUGCAAGUGGAAAAGAUGAACUGUUCAGCCAGUUUGUGGUGACAUGAUGGAUAGCUGCUAUUUUGGGAUUAUGUGGUCAUUUUUAAAUUAUGAAUCUGAAUUAACUGUAUUUGCAAAGCCCAAAACAAAAAUAUAUUUAAAAAUAUCAAAUGCACAUGAAACAUUUUAAUUCACCCCAGUGUAAAUAACACAUUGUUACAUAUGUGCUGCAAGGUGGAACACAAAGUGUACAGAAAUUAAAGUUUGAAAACUUUUUACAAAUUAUGUCCUGUUUAAAAAAUAAACAUUGUCUACUUCAGUAAAACUGUAUUACAUCUGGUCUUUAAUUCUUAGUAGUCAACAAAAGUUGUAAAUUUAUAUCAAACAAUUCAAAUGGCUGCCGGCAGAUAACUUUAUAAAUACUUUGACUCCAUCUGUGCAAUUAUUAAGUACUUUUAACAUCUGUAUGCUUUAAGGUAGAUUUAGUUUUAUAUCAGUUAAUAAAUUGUCUCAACUGAAAAACACUUUCUUGUAACUUUUUUCUUU